GACUGGGCCUAUGAUUACUCGGGGGUUCCGCCGUCUCGAAGGAGCUGGGGUGGAGGUAAGCUGCCCGCUCUCCUUCAAUUCCUGCCCCGGAGUCGUUCUCUCCUCUACGUCGCAGGCAUCAUGGCGGACCAGAGUGUCUCGAAGCUUGGCAUUGCGUCGGUGACCCUGAGAGCCAUACUCUCAGCGUCAGUGCGAUUAUGGAUCUCCCCGUUCAAGGGCCAGAAGGGUGCGCAAAACUACUUCAAGGAUGUCAUGUUCGCCAUGAUGCGGACUCAGCUUGCGAACCUCAGCCUCGCCCAGGACCGCUACCUGAACCCCCCCACCACACCGACGUACAUUGCCUUCGCGAAAGCCCAGGGCUUUGCUCCGGAGAGCAUAAAAUUGCCCGGGGGGGCUCAGGCGCAUUGGAUUGGCAACACGAAUGCGAAGAAGCUGAUCGUGUACUAUCAUGGUGGUGGAUACGUGAUCCCAGCGAACGCCGGCCAGAUGCAAUAUCUCAUGGAGAUGAAGGACAGCCUCAUUGCCCAAGGCUCCGACACCGCCGUUGUCUUUCUCGCCUACGACCUCGCUCCAGAGUUCAAAUACCCCACACAGCUUAAGCAAGCCGUCGAACUUCUCCAGUAUCUGGUAGAGACACAAGGUCGUAAUCCUUCGGAUAUUACUCUUGGCGGUGACUCUGCGGGUGGAAACCUGACCAUUGGCGUGCUAUCUCACCUCUCGCACCCUCACCCGGACAUCCCCGCGCUCAACCUCCCCUCGAAGCUCCACGCCGCCUUCCUCCUCUCUCCCUGGUGCUCCUUCAAUACACAUACCCCAACAUUCCUCUCCAACGCGGAAAAAGACAUCUUUGACGGACGAGCACUCAGCCGCUGGUCCUCUGCCUUCCUCGGGAGCGACUCACCCUUUGCUGGCGACCUCUACAACGAGCCUGCACUUGCUCCCGCAUCAUGGUGGGAGCCGACCGCCGAUGUCAUUGAGGAGGUGUUGAUCUGGGGCGGUGCGAACGAAAUUCUGCUUGAUGGUAUCGAGGAGUUUGCAAGGAGGUUCCAGAAAGGAUUCGGCGGCAAGGGAGGAAAGGUAAGUACGAUAAUUACGGCGAAGGCUGCGCAUGAAGAGAUGAUUUUAGAGAGACUGUUGGGGUAUAAGGGCGAUAGUGGGACAGGUAGUGCUCAGGUAGUGCAAGACUGGGUCAAGGCGAAGCUGUAGGUCAGUAGCAGGGAGUAAAAAUGCAGUGUGAGGGGCAAGUGAAAUGUACAUUUAUCAAACAGAUGCAUCCCAAGUUUAGAUUCUGCUAUCG